GAACAGUUUCUUCUAGCUCUCUCCCUCCAGAGAUCCAGAGCCCAGCAGAUCUCUGUCCAAAGGGUGUAGCUGAUUGAUACUACUCAAAGGAGCUGAAAAAAACACCUACAGCCUCUGAUAUCACCUUCAGCCCUUCACCCUCUGGUAUCAUUUCCUGCCCUGGACUGAGUGAUUACAACAGUUAUCAUUCAGCAAGGUAUAGCACUGCCUACACCAGAAGUAAGAAAUAGAGGAAUAGCUUCUGCUCACAGCCUAAAUUUGCAGAGAUGCCAUCAAGAUCGAAUUCGACUAAAGAGAUGGAGGAUCAAUUUUUUAAAAUUUUGAUAGAUGCAUUAGAUGACCUAGAUGAUUCUGAGUUUAAAAAAUGUAAAGCUUUCCUAAAGCAUAAAAAUAUAAUAAAAAAGAGUCAAGAAAAAUGUGAUCGAAUUGAUUGUUCUAACUAUAUGAUAGAAACCUAUGGUGGUCUCUCUGCUGUGAAAAUCAUGAUUGGACACUUAAAUGAAAUAAACUUUAAAGAAGUUGCUCAGAACCUUCAAAAACAGAAAGUCAAAGUUAUGAAGGAAUACCAUAAGAAAAAAGAGAAGAAACCAGUGACAAGAAAGAAUCAGGCCAAAAUAAGAAGACUAUCUUCUAAUGGCAACAACACUGUCAAACCUCAGCUGACCAAUAAGGAUAACCUGAAACCCACCAAUGAGUCAAAGAAGAAUGAUGUUGCUAAGAAAAGAAAAGCAACAACUGAAGAGAGUCCAGAGAACAAGAAGAGGAAGACAACCCAGGAAUUCCCCCAGACAACAGAACAAGAAGCUAAAAGAGAAAAUGGGCCUCAGAUAAUGCCUAUGGUAGUGAAGGUGCUCAACGUGAACCAGAUAUUUGAGUAUGAGACCAAAGAAGGAACGAAAGAGAUGUUUCAUGCUACUGUGGCAAAUGAGCAUGAAUUUAUCCGGGUGAAGGUUCUCAACAUCGGCGUCAAGGAACACUUCAAGAAAAAUAAGAUUAUUGAGGUAGUAAAAGGUUAUUGGAACAGAGGUUUCCUGGAAAUAAAUAGAUGCUCCAGGGUUCAAGAUAUGAGUACCAACAAAGAGAUCACAGUCCCCAGAAACAUCAUCAGAAGAGCAGCUAAAAAUACAAAGAUCCAAGAGCUUAAGAAACAAAAACUGGGAAGCUAUGUGAAUGGUAUCUAUGAGAUCGAGAUGAAAACUGAGACGGUGAAAUGUACAUUCUUUGACAUGAAAGACAACACAGGAAAAAUCAAAGUGGUGGCAUUUGACAAAUGGGCCAAAAUAAAUUGUGAGAAAGGAGACAAACUCCGGCUCACCUACUUUGAGCUAUCUCUUUGGAAUGAACUGCAACUGAAAUCUGUAACUCACAGUUGCAUCAAGGUCAUCAAGGCUAAGAAGAAUUAGAAAGACAACAUCAAGAGAGACCAACUUGACAGCCUUGAUACUGCCCCCUUCCUGACAAUGAGACCUUUCAGAUGGUAUCAGGUGCCACUGCUGCAAACAGAAGAGCUCAAAAAAUAUUGUUAAUGACAAUCUGAGUGUAAAGCAUGGGGCAAGGCCCCCAGUUUGAUUCUGCCUCCAGCGCUUAAUUAUUUGUAUGACCUUGUAUGAGUUACAUUGCUUUCAGUGUCAGAAUUUUUUAAUUACAUUUUUUUAAUUGACAAACAUUUAUCUUCCCAUCUCCUCCCUCCCCUCCCACUUCCCCCCACAUUGAGAAGAAAAAGAAAAGAAAAAGAAAACGCUUGUCACAAAUAUGCAGUCAGGCACAACAAAUUUACCCUUUGACCAUGUCGAAAAAUGAUUUUCUCAUUCUGUGACUUCAGUCUAUCACUUCUCUGUCUGUCAGGAGGCAGGCAGCAUCCUUCAUUCAUGAGUAUUAUGGAAUUGUGGUUGGUCUUCUUUGCAUUGA